GACCCGACACUGGCUGAGCGAUCAUCUCUUAUCGUGAUUCCUUUAUGUUAUUUACCGUUUUGUUUACAGUGCGCUGGUGAGGCGAAGUAUUCGGGCAAUAUAACACCCUAGUUUCCUUUCAACUACCGAGUAAUGAGCCAUCGGGAGAGAUGGUGUCCUUUAGAGGGCUGAUUCUGCCGCUGCUCCAGCUGUUUUAUGUGGCAUUUUCAUAUGGAACUCCAGUAAACAAAAACCGUGGCAACUCCACCGCAGCCAGACCCCCUGUCGUCUUGAUUCCAGGAGACCUGGGGAACCAGCUGGAGGCAAAGCUAGACAAGCCUAGCGUGGUCCACUACAUCUGCUACAAGAAGACCAAUGACUACUUCACCCUAUGGCUAAACCUGGAGCUACUGGUGCCUGUGGCCAUCGACUGCUGGAUCGAUAACAUGAGACUGAUCUAUAAUUGGAGGAAGAGGAGGACAGAGGCACCCCCGGGGGUAAAUGUGAGGGUUCCGGGGUUUGGGAAAACUUACCCCCUGGAGUUCCUGGACCCGUCGAAGCACAGCGUUGGGAUGUACUUCUUCACCAUAGCACAGGCGCUGGUAGAUUGGGGGUACACUCGAGAUGGUGACUUACGGGGCGCUCCAUACGACUGGCGCAAGGCUCCAAACGAGAACAAGCCGUACUUCCUGGCCCUGCAGAAGAUGAUCGAGGACAUGGCGCACAAGGCCGGCAGCCCGGUGGUGCUCAUCGCCCACAGCAUGGGCAACAUGUACACGCUGUACUUCCUGAGCCAGCAGCCUCAGUCCUGGAAGGACCGCUACAUCAAGGCCUUCAUCUCCCUCGGAGCCCCAUGGGGCGGCGUGGCCAAAACCCUGCGCGUCAUGACCUCCGGUGACAACGACCGCAUCCCGCUGAUCAGCUCGCUGAAGAUCCGCGCCCAGCAGCGCACGGCCGUGUCCACGCCCUGGCUCCUCCCCUACGGCAACACGUGGCCCUCGGGCAAGGUGCUGGUGUACACCGCCAACGAGAACUACACGCUGGGCGACUACCAGCGCUUCUUCUCCGACAUCAGCUACGAGGAGGGCUGGGCCAUGCGGCACGACACCGAGGCGCUGGUGAACGUGCUGGAGCCGCCCGGCGUGGAGCUGCACUGCCUGUACGGGACGGGCGUGGACACGCCCGAGGCUUUCCACUACGGAGCCGGCUUCCCCGACGUGGAGCCCACCGUGGUGGACAACGGCGACGGAGACGGCACGGUGAACCUGGUGUCCGCCGUGGCCUGCAAGCGCUGGGUGGGCCGCCAGAAGCAGCCCGUCGUCCUGCACGAGCUGCCAGGGAACGAGCACGUGGCCAUGCUGCUCAACUACACCACCAUCGCCUACAUCAAGAACGUGCUCUUCCCCUGACCGUGCCACCGCAAGCGAGGUUAAACCCCUCCCCGCCUCCCCUCCGCUUCCGACCGAUCCGAACUGUAUGGGGGAGGUGACAUGCGCCUGCUGAGCCAAUCCAGGGACACCGCCGGUGUAUUGAACAGGAGCUCGGGUCGAUGUGAUCUGACCCCCUUACCCUGCUCCCUAAGGGAUGGCCAGAGCAUGCGUUUCAUCAUUACAGGAAUUAUAUGAUUGUAGGAAAUUAAAUAUGAAUGUAUUUAAAUUAUUUAUGAAAUGUGCUGGUGAUGUAGGAGGAUACAUAUGCUGAGAGAGAGAAAGAAUCCAGGAGAGUGGACCUGUUUGGUCAAAAUGGCCCAUGUCGUUCAGCUGAAGGUGGUCCUCUGUAUUUAGUGUGAGUUCUCUGUGCAGUAUAGCGCUGUAUAAUACUUCGGCCCUUAGAAAUCUCUGAAUUUUUUGUGUUUUUUUUAAGUUGGUAGUUGCCUUGGUCCACCACUAGAUCACUACCCGGCUUAAAAAAAAACACCUCAAGCUGUGUUAUGAAACAGCUAGGUAUCUUAAACAAUCAUCCCAUUGGCGUUCAUUAGUCUUCGACAUUAAUGAUAUAAUUGCCGUAAGUGAGGCUUCCAAGUCUGUUGUGAAACAAAAGUAUGUGCAUGCUGACACUAUCACCUGUGUGAAUGUAUGAAGAAAGUCUUCUUUCUGCAUCGACAGCAUUCGUUACAAAUAUCGCCUGGACAAUUUGUGUUAGGAAAUUAUUUUACUUACUUUUUACAAAAUUCAUCCAAAUUGCUCUGAGAAAUGUAAAAGCUGGGUGAAAGGUAUUCGGUGUGUUGGUAUGCGCUUUUUUCCGGCAACUUCUUAGAACGUUUUUGAACUUGAACGUAAUGUAUUCAUUGGAUUUUUAAAAAUCCAAUAACGGAUAAUCCAUUCAAAAUGUCCACGUGCAAAGUAUAACGACGUAACUUCAUCACUGCCGGGAAAAUUAGCAUGGGAAGACGCUUUGCUGCAGUUUGUGUAUUUAAAGCCAUAGGAGAUCAAUGUAUAUGUUUUAAUCAGGAAGAACCGUGUUCAAGCAUUUAGGUUGGAAAACGUAAUUGAAAGUUUUCAAGUAUCAUCGAGGAACACGGUUAAUUGACCUUUUAUGCGUUUAUGAGUAGCUAGUAGGCUAUGUUGAACUCUGAACAGCUGGAAAACUGAAGACAUUCGCCGUUGGAUGUCCUAUAAAUUUAUUGGCCCAGUAUUUUCUAGUUGUAAAAGAAUACAAGACCUAUAACGUUUUUUUUUUGUUUUGUUUUUUUGCAAAUAUAGACAGUAAUGGAUUUUGACAUUAUUCAUUAAAAUGAUUAUUAAUAAGGUUAAUUCUGCUCUUUUAGCAGUCUUUUUCAUUUUGAUUUGAGACCGAGCUUUGCAUAUUGAUCAAACUCCAGCUCCAGGUCUUGAGGAUAAGAGUUGAAAUGCAGUCACAUGCCUCAAAUCACAUCGUAAGGCAUUCCUAUGGGCUCCAAGCUGUAUCUAUCCAGUUCAGAGUUACUGAUCUAUCCUGUAAUCCAUAGGUCAAAGAUUUUAUAAGCAUUUUAUAGCUUACUCAACUUUUUAUGUUUCUUUUAUGUUAAACAAAAAAGAUAUAACUAAAUGUGAUAUUCAAUUAUGAUGUAUUAAUUUUAUUACACAACUGCAGUAUACUCAAGGAUCAAAGUGCCACUUUUUAUUUCUUUUUUUGCUGCCUUUUCCGACUGUUUUUAACUAUUGUGCAUGACAAAUCUGCCAGUUUCUAACCAACAAGGCAGGGAUAACAUUGGGAUAUGUAUUUUCCAAAGUGUGUCCCUAUGGUGUGCUUUAUAUAACUUGCUCACGCCAAUAGAUCUUUCUGUCACUUUUCUGGUGUGUAUUCCAGCCUUUUUGAUGGCUUUCCUUUUCUAAUUUUAAUGUUAUCCAGCUUUUUGUAUUGCUUGAUUUUAUUAUUGAUUUAUCAUUGUUUUACUCUUUUCCAAUGUGUCUUGAGAAUCCCAGAAUGCCUUUCUGUCAAGGCUGAUGCAUUGAUUUUCACCCAGAGGGAGGGGAGGGCGUUGACCUUGGCUAACCACUCGACCUCUGACAUGAACUGCGACAGUGCUGUUGUUUUGCUAAAGGACAAAGUUGUGUUACUCCACCUGAAACUCAGAGAUAAAUAUAUCUUUCAUUGAACAAAACAAAUGUUGAAGCCUUCUUUUAGUCUCGUCAGUGUGUCUGUGCUGAUACAGAGGUGGGGAUGUGUACCAUGUUGUAGAUUACUGUAAUCGUGUUUACUGUUCUGUUUUCAGUCGUGAUGCUGUGGGAGGAGCAGCAUGUGCUGUCUAUCACCUACUCCCAAUGAAGUAAUUAAGUAACCUCACAUCCCUCAAUAAAAUGAUUGGUUCAGAUCAGAGUCCUUGAUCGCAUGUGAAAACUCCACCCAUGGCUCUGCUGCAUACCAACAGGGUCCUCUGGCUCAGCCACAAACUCCCAGCAGCCUCCAGUACUGAUACCCACUCCACCGUGGAACCACAUGUCACCUGUUUAACUGCUCACCCCAUGCUGAACCAAUCGGUGCGCCUGAUUAAAACAAACAGAUUUCCAAUUGCCUUGUUGCUUUCUACCAAAAAUAAAGCACCAACCACAACCCUGAGCAUUGCCAUGGUUUCUCAUUCCUGAAGACUCAAGGCUGCCCUCUGCAGGCAGGCCUGUGGGAUAUGUUGUACUAUGUUGCAUAACAACCUCUAAUGAAUGGUGGCAUAUAUACAGUAUAUAUGUUCUCAAUCUGCCUCAACUGCGUCUGUGUCUGCAACAUUAACCACAGCCGUGUCAGCAAUGUUUACCUCAGCCGUGUCUGCAACAUUAACCACAGCCGUGUUUCAUUACGCAUUGUACGGUUUGUCGUCCCGCCCCGCCUCUGUAUUAUAGCAUAUAUGGUCAUGAGCGGUGGGGAAAUUGUAGGUAAAUCUGUUUCCGAGGUUACCCUGUGCCCUCUCCUCUGUGCCUUGGCCGUUUUCACUCCCCGUACUUGGUGAUCCACGCAAUAUCCGUGCCUCAGGUGUGAAACCGAAUCUAGCUCUAUCCAUUAUAUAACGUAAUUCAUUUUUAUUUAUCUUUUUUAAGACGCAAAUUGAUGCAAUGAAACAAAGCGAUUGUUGUCAAACAAUGGGCCAGUUUCACAGACACAGAUUAAGCCUUAUAAGACUAAAUAACAUUUUUAAUGCAGAUUCUCCAUUAAAAAACUUCUGGUUAGUCCAAGCUUCAUCUGUGAAACCGACAUAUGUUUUGUGGUGUGUUUGUAAUGCUCUGGCUUAUUUAUGGCCUCAAAUUUACAUGGUGUGUAUGUUCACGUGACAUGUAAACAUGUGUACCAGUAAGAGAAAAGUAUUAAAAAAUUGUUUCUUGUUGACUGCCACAACCCUGAAAUCACAUACAUUUUGUGUGGCAGUUUGUUUGGCUAUUAUGAUUUAUGAACAACAACUUCCAUUGUUAUAACUGCACCAGAAAAUACUAUUUAUUUGUUUUUUAGGGGUGUGAAGUGUCAAUAACUUGAUCAAGUAUAGUGUAUUGAAAGUAAAAAAUUACAAAGUAACCUAAUUUUUAAAAACGUACGGUAUUGUGUUCCACUGCUAAAUCUAAUUUCCUCCCUAAUCCUUAUGUGUUGUAAUGUACUUCUUGGUUGCAUUAUGACUGAUAUCAUUUAAUAAAUUCAUACAUUUCACCA